CAGUAGCCCUGCCAAAGACUUUUCUUAACCUCUCAAUAGUUUGUAAAUGCGUUAAAGAGAUUAUGUCAAGUAUGACAGUCCAACCUUAAAAAGUCGGUGUCAUUCAAAAAGAGCUAAACUCAUUCAGUCUUUGCUUGAAAUGCGCAUUGUAGUACAUUAGAGAUUCAAAACCACUCGAGAAAUUGGCCGAUUCACUAGUCUUAGACCAAUUCAGUUUAAAAAAUCUGAAUCUGCAAAUGGGUUCCGUCCUGUCCAGUCCUGUCAAAAUUGAAAACCCUAACCUAUAAACAAAAUGAAAACAAGCGCGCGGGAAGUCCGCGUAGUAAACCCAGUAAACAAUCCAUUCUGCUCGCAAGUAAUUUGUAUUACUCAUUUAUUUACGUUAUUUUACUUACCGUCAUCUUUAUCCAAUUGACAUUAAUUAAAUAUGUAGCAGAAAUUCUUAUAUUUACCUGAAAUCUUCCAAAAUGUGUGAAAAAAGUGAACAUAACCUAUAGUCAUAAGAAAAAAAGCUUGGUGUAAGUGACAGAAAAUACGGAAGACUAUUUAUUUUUACGAAAUAUCACUCGCAAUGGCACUUUUUGGUGAAAGAAUUGUGGUCUUGAUAGAUAUGGAUUGUUUUUUCUGUCAGGUUGAAGCCAGACUUCAACCUGAAUUUAAAGGAAAACCACUUGCAGUUGUUCAGUACAAUCAGUGGCUUUUAGGAGGAAUAAUUGCUGUAAAUUACGAAGCAAGAGAAUUUGGUGUGACUCGUCAUAUGCGUGGAGAGGAGGCAAAAGAAAAAUGCCCAGAAAUAAUUUUAGCUAGUGUUCCAGCUCUUCGUGGAAAAUCAGAUACAUCGAGGUAUAGAAAUGCUGGAAGAGAAGUUAUAGAUGUAUUAAAAAAGCACUGCAAUAAAAUUGAGAGAGCUAGCGUAGAUGAAGCUUAUUUGGACAUUACUCAAAUAGUAGAUGAUCGGAUGGUUGCAACUCCCGCUUCUUCGGAUGAUCUACUGGAAAAACUGUCGAAUACGUACGUUGUGGGAUACUCAGAAUGUGACGAAAAUAACGAGGAGGAAAGGCGUAAAGGUCUAGAAACGUGGUUGAGUUCCUCAUUCGAUGAAUUAGAUGACAUCCAGUCUCAAAAACUUGCAGUUGCUGGUACUAUUGUGGAAGAAUUAAGAUCUGAUGUAUAUGAAACAACCGGAUUCAGAUGCUCUGCAGGGAUUUCAUACAAUAAAAUCCUGGCUAAGCUAGCAUGCGGUUUACAUAAGCCCAACAAACAAACAAUAUUACCUUCGAGCGGUGUCCCUAUUUUAUUCAAAUCUCUGCCAGUAAAAAAAGUAAAAAAUCUGGGAGGAAAACUAGGAGACGUUGUAACCGAUUCCCUUAAAUGUAAUGUUAUGUCUGACCUUUUGCGAUAUUCUAUGCAAGAUCUUCAAAAUUUUUUUGAUGAGAAAACAGGAUCUUGGUUGUACUAUAUCGCCCGUGGAAUUGACAAUACACCAGUGACAACCAGAUUAGUAUCGAAAUCAAUAGGUGUAUGCAAAAAUUUUCCUGGAAAGCAGGCUAUCGACAAUGCAGAUCUGUUAAAACACUGGCUUGGUGACCUCUCAGCUGAAGUUUGUGAACGUUUAGAGCAGGAUCUUGAAGAAAACGAACGGCGUGCUACGCUUCUGACAGUCAGUUUUCAUUUCUAUCAAGAUAAAGCCAUGAUUUCUCAGUCAAAAUCGUGUCCUCUAAAUUCCUACAAGCCGGAGAAAGUCGCCUCUUUAUGCUACAAUGCUAUCAUAAAAGCGACGCAACGCCCAAUCGCGUUUAUAGGCCUCUCUGCAGGAAAAUUUAUACAAGUUAAGGGCAGUGGACUUUUCCGCAAUUACUUCACAGCAAACGCAAACAAGGAGGAAAGUAAAAACAACUCUUCACUCAUGCUAGAGGCUAAGGUUAGUGAGUCAUUGGACACAUAUUCUGAAUUUGAGAGCAAUCAGAAAACAAAAUUGGAUGUAAAUUCUGAGUACCUUGAACACCAAAAUAUAGACACACCAGAUCGAAAGAGUGAAAACUUCUUCAGAAAUUAUGCACCAAAGUCUCAUAGUAGUUUCGACGCAGCUCUGGAUUCUGAAAACUUUAAACAAUCUUUUUUUAUUAAUAUUUUAAAGGAGAAUCAUGUAAGCGCAGAUGAUAAAUUAAUACCCAAAGCUGAGAUUUUAGAGACCGAAAUAGAUAACGAAGAUAGUGAAAAUUUUGAUAGUAACUCUAACAAUAUUUAUGCGCCAGAAACCGCAGAUGUGGAUCAUCUCGAAUGCGCAGAAAAUAUAGAUACUCCUACUUCUAAAAAUUUUAAAUUUUCCACGCCGAAAAAGGAAAAUGUUGCGGAAAUGAAGACUUCACAAUUCUCUGCGCAAAUAUCUUCAAGUAAUUGGUCUGCAGCAGAAAUGAACAAUGUGGAAGCGUUUGUAAAUAUCAAUGAAAAAAUAACGGUUGAAUUGCAUGAAAUCUUUCCAGACCCAAGCGACAUAGAUCCAGGUGUGAUAUCACUUUUACCACCAGAAUUGCAAAAAGAAGCUACCGAACUUUUGAGAAACAGCACUAAAACAAACAAGAAGGCAGCAAUUUUGGCGAAACAUGCCAGAUUAAAAAAGAAUAAUAAGGUAAAGUCUCCCGAACCAGGUUCGAGUAAAGGUGGAAACUCGAUUCAUAGUUUUUUAAUCAAGUCGAGUUCAAGUUGUGAGACUGAUGAAACGCUAAAGAAAUGUGAAAAGUGCCAUCAAUUAGUACAUGUAGAAAAAAUUCUCGAACACAAUGACUAUCACGUCGCACAGGAGUUACAAAAAGAUUUGAAUAAAUCCACGACCGAUGAUGCCUAUUCUAAAAGAAAGCAGAGUUUCGAUUCAAGUGUGGUGACAGUUAAAAGACGAAACACGGAAAACUUUAAAAGUAAUACAAAAAGUAAGUCAAUAGCUUCGUUCUUUUCAUGAACAUGCAUUGUAAACUUAUCUAGAUAAUUUUGUAAAUAUUGUAAUGAGUGAAGU